AGCGUUUGUACUACAGACGUACUCGACAAGUUUUUGCUGAGCCAGACAUAUGUUGUGACGGCUGGAGCCUUCUCUCCAGGCUGUGUGCUAUUUCGGAGGGCAGCCUUCCUUAAUACACGAAGCUAAAGAUACUGGGAUAUAAAGAUCGGGUGACAAUUUCACGUAUUCACUGAGUGAAGAGAACGGUCGAGCCAUGCGGAUAUAACAUAUAACGUGUACAUGUAAGAACAUAAUCCUCAAGUGCAUCAUAGCGAGCAUUUGGAGAAUAACAGAUCUUCACCUAAAAUGGUGGGCUGCAUUCAACACUUUGCUCAGACUGUUGUCAGGUGCCUGUUCCUUUGGCAACUGGCUCUAACAGUCCUUACGUCGGCCGACCGGUACCCCUUCUUCGAGGAGGUGUACCAGCCAGAGAACAAUCUCAUCAAGUUGAAGAACAUGCUGCUGGAUCAGAACACCAGCGCGUUGUACGUCGGCUCUGUCAAUCACCUUUACAAACUGUCACCAGAUCUGGGCAUAGAGGCGACCAUCCAAACUGGGCCUCGGCAGGACUAUCCGGGCUGUAUUGCCCCUCCAGUUGAGUGUGAUUAUGAGACGACCACGACGGACAACAUCAACAAGCUUCUCGUCAUUGACCAGGAUCGCUUGUUUGUCUGCGGGAGUAUAUAUCAGGGAUUUUGCGAAAUUCGGAGGCUCUCAGACUUGGGCCUUCUUGGUAAUGACAGCUAUCAAGAAAUCGCCGCAAACACUCCGGACGGAACGUCGGUUGCCUUUAUAGCCCCCGGACCACUAGGUACAGAUGUGCUCUAUGUUGGAACAUCCCAUGGGCAAUGGAUUGACAAAGCCGUGCCAACAGUAUCAAGUCGAGUUUUGCAAGUGGAGAACACUGGUAGGGAUCUCUUUGAGAUAUUGGAAGACGCCACCAAUUUUUUAGAAGCAGAAAUACAGAUUCCUUCAGAUUUUAUCACAAACAAUGCGUUCAACAUUGACUACCUGUAUGGCUUCUCAAAUACCAAAUUUAGUUACUUUGUGGCCAUACAGCCAAAGGACCCGGUAGCUAUUCAACCCACCUUCUAUACCAAAAUCGCCAGAGUAUGUCAACAAGAUAUAGCGUAUUACUCCUACAUAGAGUUGCCAUUAUCCUGUAAGCAAGGCGACACAGAUUACAAUGUGGCACAGUCGGCGUAUGUUGCUACCAUAGGAUCAGCCCUGGCCUCAAGUAGUGAUUUUGAGGUUGGCGAGAAGGUUUUGUUUGUGACGUUCUCCGAAUCGAGAGUCGAUGAGAUUACACCCACUGAGUCCUCUGCCAUCUGUAUGUAUUCCAUCAAGGGGAUUAACGAACAGUUCUACAAUCGAAGGAAGGAGUGUGCUCUUGGACAGACUGCUACGACAGACAUCCCAUGGCUUCGCAGCACACCGUGCCCCAGUCAUGAUCAGAAUCUGGUGAGAUUCUUUAUCAUAUACUAA